ACCGUGUGUCGGUGCACUACAAUGACCAACGUCGCCCCUAAUAAAAGCGAGGCAGUGUAAACACAACUCCAGGAACAUGAAAAGAUCGGGUGACAGUGAGGGGGAGAAGAGAAGAAAGAGGCGGAGGCUACUGCAGGAGUUGGGAGACCAGAAGAUCCCUUUUCUGGGACCUUCAGAUCGGGGCUUUCAGCAACUGUGGGAUUCCAGUUACUCUGGCCUGGUUCUGAGGAAAUCCUGCUCCGUUCCUCCUGAGCUCCAUGGCCGGGUGCAGGCAGCUCUCCUCACCCUGAGAAAGAAGGGCUGCCUCCUGAGGGAUUUGGUUCGUGUCCGUGACCGUGAUGUGUUCACCACCGUGUCGCGAGCUCUGCUUGGUGAGCCGGGCCACACAUAUCGCUAUCUGGACACAAGGCUCUUUGCCAUCCCCUGGCACAGUGAGGACACGGAAGUCAAAGGACAAAACUGUUGUGACCCUGACUUGAGGGCUGCCUGCAAGGCAUUGUGGGAGCUUAACACCUUCUUCUGUACUGAUGUCUCUCAGCUGAAGGAAGGAGACAGGCUAACACAAUGUACAAAGGGAGAGGCAGAGACCAAACAGGUUGAAGAGGGGGACACAGAGUCUAAACACAGUGAAGACUCCAAGAACAGUGAAGGAGGGGACUCCGAGUCCCGGCAAAGUGAGGAGGGGGACACAGAGUCCAAGCACAGUGAGGAAUGGGACAUUGAGUCAAAACACAGUGAAGAAGGCUGCUCUGGGUCAAAACGAGAAGGAGAAUGGGAGACUGGGUCCAAACAUAGCAGUGAGGAGGCAGAGUCCUCCCAGGUUAAACCAAGUGAAACAGGUGUUGCAGCAGGGUCAGAACAUAGUGAAGGAAAAUAUCCCGGCUGGUCACCUAAAACCACUGUUGGCGCAGAGACUGAACCUAUGGGACUGGGGACCCAAGAGAAACCCGUGGCCCAACUCAAGCACAGCCUGUCAGAUCACCACACUGAGGACAAAGAGGAACAGGCAAGCGGGCAGGGCUGUUCCCAGCCGAGUCCUCCGCAGGUAUGCACCGGUCCUGUGAAGUUCAAUGUCACCUUACUUAACUACAUGGACCCUGCAGCUAUGAGCCAGCUCAAAGAGGAGCCUUACUAUGGCAUGGGGAAAAUGGCAGUUGGGUGGCACCACGAUGAGAACCUCAUCACUCAUUCGCCAGUGGCUGUGUACAGCUAUAGCUGUCACGAUGAUAAAGGUGAGAGCAGUGAGGGAGGCAGCGGUGAAAAGGCCUUCUGGAGGAUUGGGCUCAAGGUAGCCUGGGACAUCCACACACCUGGCCUCAUGCUGCCACUGGAAUCUGGAGACUGCUAUUACAUGAGAGAUGACCUGAACAGUACCCACCAGCACUGUGUCCUAGCUGGAGACAUCGCACGCUUCAGUUCAACACACAGAGUUGCCGAGUGUUCCAGUGGGACCCUGACCUACAUCCAGUCACAGUGCCAAAAGGCCCUGUCCAACCUGCACACUGACCCAGAGACAGGUUCCCACAGCCUCCUGGCCCUGCUGCCGAGAACGCUACAGCACUGUGAGGAGAUUCACAAUGAGGUGGAGUUCGAGUGGCUGCGGCAGUACUGGUUUCAGGGCCAACGCUACGCCCGCUUCUGCAGCUGGUGGACUAGACCGAUGGAGCAGCUGGAGAAGGACUGGAGGCUCAUGGAGACGAUGACUAUGCUCUUCCUGGCUACAGUGGAAGAGGAGGGUCAAGCAGGGGAGGGAAGAAGGGAGUUGGCAGAAACCCUGCUGUCUGCCUUGAUAGACAGACACCAGCAACGGCAGACAUGGAGAGACAGGCAUCUGUGAGCGCCGCUGCCUAUGCUGUUCUCAUUAACAAACUGAUGAUGUGUGAUAGGUCUAUCUAGUGAUGAUACAGAGAGCUUUUUCCAAAAAAAGAGGUCAUGAUACAAAUGUUGUCAGCUUUAUGCAACCACAAAGUAUUAUGUUCUUGUUAUCAGUGACAGUGUGAUUGUAAUUUUGCCAGUGAAUGUUGUGUGGAAACAUUCCACGUUCAAAUGAAAGUCAAAUUAAAAAUAAAACGUAUUAACAAUAAUUUGUUUCAGAACUUUAUUAAAUUGUAUUAUUGCCCCAUGAUGAACUAAGUCACUGGUUCUCAACUUGAAGAUGAGAGAUUGACAUAAAAAGAUGAAAAAGAAAGAAAGAAAGAAAGAAAGAAAGAAAGAAAGAAAGAAAAGGGAAGGAAAAGCUCUUUGCAUGGCUUUCAAAAAACCCAUAUUCAUAGCACAAACAGCUACAUUUGCUAGCAGAAUAGACAGUUAUAACCAAUAUCCACAUGGCCCUUUAAACAUCAUGUCUGAAAAACAUAGACGUAAAACAACUCCAUGUUCCACAUUUCCACCCCUCUAUUUCUAGUUCCUUCUGGGUUGCUGACUCCAUGAACAGUUUACCAGUGGUGACCUUUCUCAAGUUACUGAUCAUGUUCUCUGCACGGGUCACUCACCGCAUGUUAUCGAAGCAAAGACGGAUGGGCCUGACCACACCCUGACACUGCUGUUGGCUUUUUGGAAACGCUGUUUCUGAUUAACCAAACCGCUUCACUUAACUAAACUGGUGACAGCACAAUCAAAAACAUUAUUAUGCGUGCCCGUGUGUGUUAGAGAGACAUAGACCAAUGUACAAUAGAUUUUGUAAAUGGUUAAACUGAACAGGAAACUGUGUGAGGAUACAUGGUGGGGUGAGCAGAGAAAAUCACCGACAGCUGAGUUUUAUAUGGGGGAGGUGGGUGGUAGGGUGUUUGGGGGUGUGAAUGGUUUUAUGAGUGUGAGUGACUGAUUCCCAGACACAGAGCACAGUGCAUCCUGAAUGGGUAAAUGGCAUUUAUUCAGCCGGUUAGUCUGGGAAAACAUAUGGUGCCAUUUGGAGGCCCAGACUGGUGCACGCUGUUCUCCUGUAAUUAGACUGGCCCAGCAGAGCAGCUACAUAACUGCUUCAGGAUAACCGCCCUACUGUAACCUACGGUGCUGCUGCCACCCAGCCCUGGCUGUAGCACAGGACCAGCAUACCACAUUACACAUCCUGUUAACACACUGUUCAACACCAGUGAACACCAGUGACACCACAGCUUUGGCAGCUGCACAUUUGUACUGAGAGCCAGAUUUACUGUACGUAUGUGACAGUACAAACAAAAAAAAGUAAAAGCCUUAAAGUGAACUUAAAAAUGUGCCACUCAGCAGUGGUAUUUCAGAAUUAUGGUGACGUUUGUUACUAAAAUUGUAAUAAUUGUCUUCAUUUCUACAAAGGCUGAAGCAGGGGUCAUUAAAUACACUUAUGAGAAAAUGAAAAACAUGGAUUCACAUAAAAACAAGAGAAAUAUCGCUUCUAAAAAACUAAAGCUGCUGCAAUAUAAAUGCCAAAUCAAAGCAUAUCUGUAGCACAUUAGCAGCUCAGUGAAUGUCAAGUUCAAGUUUAAUGACCGCAUGGCUGCAACUCCCGGUCCACUCUUUGUUUGGUCAGAUAUUGCAUUAUUUUAUAUGUUAUAUAACAUUUGUUAUUGCUUUUCUUUAUUAUUAUAGUUAUAUAGAUGUUUCUAUAGACGGUUUGAUUAAAAUUCCUCCUGCCUACAGAGACAGCCUUAGUUUAAUAUACCUAUGUAUAUUUGAACCUGGGCAGUGUGGUGGCUCAGUGGUUUGGUCUGUUGCCUGUGUGGAGUCUGUGUGCAUGUACUCACCUUGUUUGCCUGGGUUUACUGUAAAAAAAAAAUGAAAACUCUAAAUUUGUAAAUGUGAUUGUUGUUGUCUGUAGAGUGUAUGCAUUUUGGCCAUGUGACAGACCAGCAACCUGCCCAGGAUGUAGAUCACAUCUUGCACAAUGUGCACUGGGCUAAACCUGUGCUCUCUUGUAAACAUAAAUCAUAUAUAAAGAUAGGACACCUUUUCUCUCGUUUUCUUUCUCGUCUUUGCUCUUUUUUUUUUUUUUUUUAAUCACUACCCACCCUCCUUCCAUCAGGAUCAGUGGAGCAGAUUGUGGGUCGAAGGCGUGGGUUGUGUUGGCAGGGCUGUGGGGGCGUCAGCUGGGCUGUUGUCCCGUCAGGGGGGAACAGGCUGGCAGCCCGGCGGGAAGGCCCUGUUAAAGAUACACUGCUGGGAAUCGGACUGAGCCAGUGCUUGGUCCAAACCACGCACGCACACAUCAACACACACACCAGGGGGGAUUGGUAAGGAAAGUGGUGGGGGUGUCCAAACCUGGGAUAAAGACAUUUCCUCCCUCAUUUAUAAAAUCUGACACCACCAGUCUGCCCUCUCCUCCUCCCUUAUCAACAUCCCUUCACAAAGAUCACACACACACACAAUGCAGUCAGGAAAUGAAUAUAUGAUUUUUUUUUCUCUUUCUGACAAGAAUGUAUGCUCUUGAUAGUUCAUUUUACACAAAACUUGAUAUCAUUGUUUCAUUUAGGAUACGUAUAUGCAUGCAUAUAUAUAUUUAUAUAAAAUAUAUGUGUGUUUAAAGGAAAGGAUAUU